CACGCCAGGCCUCAUUCUGCUAGCUGCCACUGUCUAUCUCGACGACACAAACCGGCUUCGUGCUCGCAGCCCUGCCCUCGCGCCCGCUACCACAUCCCAACGCCCAACAUGGCCUCUGCCUCGUUCCGGGAGUCGAUGAACUCGCUGGGCUGGAGCCGGCGAGAGCCAGACGCCCCCGUCAGUACCGCCGCGCCCUCUGUGAUGGACAGAGUGUCAAACUUGUUUGGCGCAGGCGGCUAUGUUAGGCUGCCCAUUUCAGAGACGAACCCUGGAGCCCCACUGCCCGCGCCCACCCGGAGAGAGGAGGAGGAGGGCUUUUUUGCACUGAGUCGGUGGGACCGCCUGCUCGUGUUUGGAGGGCUGCUACUUGCAGCCGCAGCCAUGUUUGCUACAUGCAUUGGACUCAUGUUCACACCCAUUUUCAUUGUCAAGCCCCGCAAGUUUGCCAUACUGUGGUCUAUGGGCAGCGUUCUGUUUCUGGCAGCAUGGAGUGUCAUGAUGGGCCCCAUGCAGUACGUCCAGCAUCUCAUUUCUGGUCCGCGACUUCCGUUCACUGCCGCUUAUUUUGGGAGUAUUGCACUCACGCUUUACUUCUCGCUCGGUCUCCACAGCACUAUCCUCACCUUCAUUGCGGUCAUCGCGCAGCUGGUUUCCUUGCUCUGGUUCACCGUCUCUUAUUUUCCCAUGGGCUCCACAGGCCUCCGCUUCGGGGCCCGCUUUGCAGGGAGCCGAGUCACGGCUUGGAUGAACGACUGAGUUCAUAUGCGGCUGGUGAGUGUGGCGGUGCUAUGUAUAUAUAUGAUAUAAGUGGGCCGCUGCAGACGCGCAACGGUGAACAAGACGCAAUAGCAAUUCCAAAACACAGGCUCACUGUCAGGGCUGGAACAAGUCUCUUUGGCUCAUCGCCUCUGGCGUCACGCACCUGCUUCUGAGUUAUCGUCCU